AUGGCUACUCGUAUCCGUGACAUGGCAGAUGCUGCCACUAGGACAGUAGCGCAACUCGCGAAGCGCAUCGCCAUCACCCCCAAACCCGACAGCCCGCCCGGUCUAAUUGAGGCCCUGACAGUUGACCCUUGGUCCAAGUCUGGAAAAUAUGGAAUGGGGUGGACUUACUUCGCACUGGCCCUUAUGGGAACAGUUUUGUUCAUGCGAUUCUGGCACUUUUGGCAGGACAAGAUCCGCCAAGCCAUCUACAAGCAGGAGGUGGAGGAGUACUAUGCCAACCUCUACAAUACCGAUCCUGACUACGCCCACGCAAUGCAAACGGGACAGGCACAACAUUUCUUCCCGGAUUCUGAAGGUCUAGGCGAGAAGCAAUUCAAACCCAAGGCUCACUUCUCCUCAGUCGGCUUCGUCAACGAUACCUUGGCCCUCUUCCGCUGGGUCUUUUACCGGCCCAUUCCUGACUUUGUUUGGGGCAGCCACCGAUUCACCUUCUCCUCGCUCGCCGUAGUCACUUGUGGUCUCAUUGCCUUGGCUUUCGUGACGCUUUACUGCUUUCUCCAGCAACCGCUUUACUGGCAGAGCAUUCAAUUUGGUUCACCACCCGUCGCUAUCCGAGCUGGCAUGAUCGCCGUUGCCUUGACACCUUGGAUCAUUGUAACGAGCAUGAAGGCGAACAUCUUGUCCAUCCUGAUCGGCAUUGGCCCAGAACGCCUCAACGUCUUCCAUCGGUGGGCAGGUUAUCUCUGCCUGUUUUUGUCGCUCGUACACACGAUCCCAUUCUACAUUCAACCAGUCUGGGAUGACGGUGGUAUGGAUGUUUUCUCUCGCCUUUUCCCCGGUGGAAGUGGCAUCAUCUACGGUACCGGCAUCGCCUGUCUUGUGCCACUGGUCUGGCUUUGCGUCGCUUCUCUCCCAUUCAUUCGCCGGAUCGCAUACGAGCUCUUUGUCAUGCUACAUGUGCCUGUCGGUAUGGUGUACGUGGGGCUCUUGUUUUGGCACACCAAGAAUUACCUGGCUUCUUGGGACUACCUCUGGGCGACAAUCGGCAUCUGGGUUCUCUGCUAUGCCAUUCGCCUGAUCAAUCUGAAUUGGACAAGGCCAUGGCGAUUGAGCUUCAUGGUUGGUGACGAGGCGGCCAUCAGCCUCCUUGCUGAGAACGCCAUCAAGAUAACCAUUCCGACGCAGAUGAGGUGGAAGCCUGGUCAAUUCGUUUACCUUCGCAUGCCAGGAGUCGCAUUCUUCGACAACCACCCCUUUACCAUCUCAUCGCUCUGCAGUGAAGAUUUCCCCUCUGAAUACGGCGAGCAGUACCGUGACUGCGUGUUGGUCUUCAAGCCGUACGGUGGCUUUACUCGAAAGGUCCUAGACAUGGCGAUUGAGAGAGGGCCAUUCCACACAUAUCGCGCCUUCUUGGACGGGCCCUAUGGGGGCAUGCGAAGAGAUCUCGCAGCCUUUGAUACCUGCAUCCUGAUUGCAGGUGGGAGCGGCAUCACGGCAUUGAUGUCGCAAUUACUCAACUUGAUCAAGCGUAUGCGUGAUGGAAAAGCCAUUACAAGGAAGGUAGUCGUGGUCUGGGCCCUCAAGAGACUUGAGGCCAUGGACUGGUUCCGUGAAGAGCUCAGGAUCUGCCGCGAGUCUGCACCACCAGAGAGUGUUACCUGCAAGUUUUUCGUCACUUCGGCAGUGCGCAACCGAGCAAUGAUGAUGGCCGGCCAAGACCGUCCUGCCCCUCGAGCCUUGAGUCACAUGUUCCACGACAAGCUGGAUGGCUUUGUGGCGGGGAUUGCUUCCAAGCGCAACUCCGCCCUGAUCCAGUCUGUCGCACAAGGCGAUCCUGACCGAGAGCAGGAAUUGCGCGCCGAGCAGGAGGACAGAAUUACCGCACUUCCGCAACAAAAAUAUCUACAACCCCAUCAAUAUCCUCCACCACCCCCGGGACCACCGCCCUCCAAUCGCUUCUCUGCUCAGGAAGAUUCAUUACGCAAGCUCGAGGGCCGGGAAUACGACGAAGAGGAAUAUACAGAUUCCAAGAAGCGCGAGUUCCACUUCCCUCCGAUCAACACGAAAGGCGAGGUGCCGCACUUCAACUACGCCCCAGCUUCCCCAAAGAAGGUACCCGAUACAAGCCCGCGAAACUCGGAUGUGCCAAUACGCCCCCCGGAGUUAGCUCACUUGAGGACAACCAACCUCCCAAGCGCAGGUCAGAUCCGUCCAACCAGCACAUUCGGCCCGCCGUCAGGCUUUGACUUUGGCUUCCCGGAGACGCCAACAGAGUUCCAAAAGAGUCUGAUGCGCUUCGCUUUCCCCGUGCCCCAUCAAAUCGACGGUGGCUGGAGCGUCGAGUAUGGCCGGCCGGACCUCGGUUACAUGCUAAAGGAGUGGGCGACGGGCGGUGCCGACGGGAGAGGCAUCCUCGGCAGGCGUACCGCGGUGUUUGUGUGCGGGCCACCAGCCAUGCGUGUUGGUGUGGCGAACACGGUCGCCCGGCUUCAAGCGGCGAUUUGGGGUGACGAUAUGCUCGAGGAGAUUUACUUACAUACUGAGAACUACGCCCUCUAA